CGCUAGUUUCAUAUAUAUUCAGGAGUGCGAUUCUCUAAGGCAAAACAUCUUUACAACGAGAAAAUCGUCAGUGAAAUAUUCGAUGAAAUAAAAACGGUAUUCUAUAGUUACAACUACCCGAUCGCAGCGCUUCGCAGAUGUUGACGGCGCGACAUGGAACUAAUAUAUGUUUCCAAAUGUAUGAAAAACGGUAUUCAGCAAUUCAAAACAUCCUCGCCUUCGAUGAAAAUGACGCCUUCGUCUUCGAUUUUAACUGUCAAACCGAAAAGCUAGUAUUUUGUGGUUGUUUGCUUGUUUGUAGGCUUCUAGACGAUUAAAAUAUGGCUGUUCGUGGAUCCUGUAUAACAUUUUCAUUGGAAAAUGCUAAGCGUCGAGAUAAUUUAGAAAAAAGACGUCAAGCGUACACAAUUCGUAAUAUGGGUCUUCUUGCAACAGAUAUAAACUAUAUCAAGAUAUUCAGGUUGAGUGAAGAACUAAUUGCACAAUUAGAAGAAGAUAUUUCCCCAUUUUUAACACCGGCAAAACGUCGAGGAGGAAUUAGCAACCGAAAUAAGAUUUUAUGUACUCUCGCAUUUUUUGCCAGUGGGAGUUACCAAAAAAUACUAGGCGAAAAUGUAAGGACCUAUAUCUCCCAAGCAUCUGCCUCGAGGGCUAUUAGAACCGUAGUAGAUGCCAUCAACCAGCCAGAUAUUAUUAAAAAGUACAUAAGAUUUCCUGUAAACGCAAGUGAAAGGGAAAUUCUUAAACAAAAAUUUUAUGAAAAGUUCAAAAUUCCUGGGACCAUUGGUUGUAUUGAUGGUACUUUGAUAUCAAUGGUGCGGCCCAAAGAACAUGAAGAACGAUUUUACUGCAGAAAAGGGUAUCAUGCUCGAAAUGCUGUAAUUAUAAAUGAUCCUGACUUAAAUAUAAUGCAUGUGGAUGUAACUUUUGGAGGGGCAACUCAUGACAGCUUUAUAUUUAAUAAUUCAUAUAUAAAAACGCAUUUGGAGCAGCUGAACAAUACAGGAGAAACAGUGUACCUGCUUGGGGACUCAGGUUUUCCUCUCAGGCCAUACAUGAUGAUCCCUUGCAGUAACCCUGAGCCUGGAUCGAGGGAAGAAUUGUAUAAUAACCUGCAUGCAAGUGCUAGAAAUACUGCAGAACGAACCAUUGGCAUACUUAAAGGCCGCUUUAGGUGUCUUUUAGUUCAUCGUGUUCUGCACUAUGAUCCUGAGAUGGUGGGGAAAAUAAUAAAAGCAUGUUGUGUACUACACAACAUAUGUAAUCGAGCUGGAGUACCUCCAGUAGAAUUACCAAGUUAUCUACAAAGACAAGAAGAUACUUUUCUCCAGAUAUUACAACAAGGAAGCCAGAACUCCAUUAGUGAUUUAGACAGUGGACGCCUUGCUAGAAGUCGCCUAAUUAAUAGACUGUGGCGCGGGCAAAAUAGGCAACAAUAAAACUAAAAAUACUAACAAUAGAGUUAAGAUAUUACUAAAUUAGAUUAAGAUACAGUUUGUUUAUUAAAAAUUAUAGUAGGUAUCUAUGUUUAUCUAUUGAUGUAUUAUUUAUCAUAAAAUAAAGCAAGUUAAAGGUUU